UGGGUUUUUAUAAUCUAAUCUGCCCCGGAUUAUUCUCUCGCUGUCCCGGGUUAGGUAGCUAGCUAGCAGCAGCGGUGUUAGCAUCGUGUUUACCACCUGUAGGCUAACUCGGAUUCAAGCUAGCCCCACCGGAGAUGCUAGUUAGCCCGCUAGCCGUGUGAACGCCCCGCCGCCGGGCUAGCUAGCUAGCUAGCAGCAGCGGUGCUAGCUUAUCAGUGUUAGCAUCGUUAGCACCGUGUCUACCACAGGAUUCAAGCUAGCUACACCAGACAUGCUAGUUAGCCCGCUAGCCUUGUGAGCUCCGGGCUAGUGGGCUAACUAGCGGGCUGCUAGUGCUAGCGGGCUAACUAGCGAGCUGCUAGUGCUAGUGGGCUGCUAGCGGGUCAUAGCGGGCUGCUAGCCGUCGAGCUAACUAGUCAUCGCAGCAAUGGACGACCCCGGGCUGAAGAAGCAGAACUGGGACGUGCGGGAGACGGAGCUGUUCCUGGAGACCCUGGCGGAGCUGGACAUGACGAAGUGCCUGGACGGGAGGAAGGUUCGCAACAACAAGCUCUUCAAGGUGGCCCAGCGGCGGAUGACUGCGGCCGGAUACCACCGCUCCGUGGACCAGCUCAAGUUCCGCUGGAAACUUCUCAAAAGUGCGUACUACAAGUGCAAGAGGGCGCCCACCGCCCCGGUGCCCCCCAGCAGGAUCCAGGGCUGGUGGCGCUACGAGAAGACGAUGGUCGCCAUCAUGGAGUCCCGCCACCCGCUGGUCGGGGGCGACCCGGGCCGGAGGGACGAGGGCACCGGGGACUCGGAGGAGGACGCGUCCCUGCCGCCCUGGCCUCGGCCCUGCCCGGGGACCACCGCGCAGAACCUGGGUUUAAUUAUCAAAAUGGACCCUGAGAUGGACUCGCAGCUGAAAAUCGGUUUUAUCGGUGCAGGCAACAUGGCGUACGGCAUCGCAAAGGGCAUCCUGUCCGGAACUGUUCCUCCUGGAAACAUCCAAGUGAGCGCACCGUCCGUCAGGAACCUCGGACGCUUUCAGGAGCUGGGGAUUUCCGUCACCCACUCCAACGUAGAGGUGGUCAGUGGCUCGGAUGUCGUCUUCGUGGCCGUCAAACCUCACCUGGUGUCACCCGUUCUCAGUGAGAUCUCACCACACGUCACCGACAGACACAUCAUCGUGUCUGUGGCAGCAGGAGUGACGCUGGCAACGCUGGAGGAGCUCCUUCCAGAGAAUUCAGUCGCCGUCCGCCUGAUGCCCAACCUGCCAUGCAUGGUUCAGGAAGGAGCUCUGCUGUUUGCUCGAGGAUCUCGUGCAAAGGAGGAGGACGGCGUUCUGCUGCGCUCCUUGUUGCAUCACUGUGGUUUGGUGGAGGAGGGACCUGAGGCCUGGAUCGACAUCCACACUGGCCUGAGUGGGAGUGGGGUCGCUUUCGUUUAUCUGUUCGCUGAAGCUCUGGCAGAAGGAGCUGUGAAGAUGGGGAUGCCCAGUGCUCUGGCCCACAGCAUCGCAUCGCAGACCGUUCUGGGUGCCGGGAGGUUGCUUCGCGACACCGGGAAGCAUCCGGCUCAGCUGCGCUCUGAGGUCUGCACCCCGGGGGGAACAACCAUAUAUGGACUCCACACGCUGGAGCAAGGCGGCUUGAGGGCAACGACCAUGAGCGCCGUGGAGUCGGCCACCGAGAGAGCCAGGGAGCUGGGCAGGAAGUCGGCGGCAGGAAGCAGGAAAUGACGUUUGCCCUUUUUUAAAUAACUGCUCAUCAGACUUCAGGAAUGGAGACAAAACUGGACUGGACUUUUUUAUUUCUAUCUCUCUUACUCCCCCUGAACAAGUGCAUUUACAUCUUCUCCUCUUUUUCUUGCCUCUCUCACCGGAAGGACUUGAAGGUGAAUAUCGGCUCAACCUCAAUACCGACGCUGACAAGUAAAUGAUCUUAACGUGACCCUGAGAUCUACAUUUUCUGAGAGAAUCACUACUUUUUACAUGCACAGUAAUAAUCGAUGUUGUGGAUUCAGUCAGGGACCCAGAUUAGGCUUUGCUCAUAGUUGUGGAUACUUUUACCAUAGACAUUUAUAAAGACUAGAUGUCUCGUUCGACGGAGGCGGACGUCACCAC